AUGUCUCGUACGCCGAAGUGCGCGCGCUGUCGAAACCACGGCGUGGUGUCUGCUCUGAAGGGACACAAGCGGUAUUGUCGCUGGCGGGACUGCGUAUGCGCAAAGUGCACGCUCAUCGCUGAACGACAGAGGGUCAUGGCGGCGCAGGUGGCUCUCCGACGGCAGCAAGCUCAAGAGGAGAACGAAGCGCGGGAACUGAACCUGCUAUACGCCGGUCAGACCACCUCCGCGCCGCACCACUAUACUGACAUUCCCGAGGAUUCUCCUGUUCAAAAGCGCGCUCGCAUCACAGAAGUAUGCUCGACCAGCCCGUCACCAUCAGCAGAGCAAUCCCAAGAAGUCAAAACUCCCACCACAACCCCGCCUCUAACCACACCACCCCCACAAUCCCCAUCAGACCACGAGCUGAAUGUCGAAGAGGAACCUGAGGAGUCAGAAACUUCACUUACUCCAGAAAACCUGUCUAUGAAGGAGGCCAGAAACGAAGAACUUCCCGUGAAAAAAGAGGAAGAGAAAUGGGACAACAAUGACUACAAAUACAAAAUGUUCAGGCGUAAGGAAAUGGCCGAACCGGUGCCAGAAGAAAGCCAUUACCAGAACCAGAAAUCCCCUGUCGAUGUCCUGAUCAAAGUCUUUCCUAGACGCAGUCGGCAGGAGAUAGAAGCUAUUCUGGCCAGGUGCAAGGGUGACGUCGUAGCUGCCAUGGAAAUGAUGAUAAACGGCCCAGAAACACCUUAUCAGGAGUCUCCACCGUAUCUUCAGAAUUACCAAUCGAAAUCCGCCUUUUCUCCCCUGUCAAACCAAAGCUUCAAGUUUUCUCCAUCUAGAAGAUUCCUCACUCCUCCUUACAGUGGGACAGGGUACCUUCCAACCGUGAUACGGCCGCCUCCAGAGUACCUUUCCUCGUUCAUGCCACCAUCGGAGCUGAUGUAUGGGCGACAGCUUCAAGUGCAGUCCCCUGGCACUUCUCCCACGUCAGAUAAUACUAAUAACGAAGGAUUUUCCGAUUAGGGGUACCUGAAUUGGACAGUUCUUUAAGAGCUAGGCUCUUCGUCUAUUGAUUUCGGAAACGAUGAGCAACUAUU